GAUCACGAAGAGGCCCUUUUCAAUCCUAAUUGCCGCAUUCUUCAUUUGUUAGAAGACAUCAGAAGGCGAUGCAACUGUCCAGAGAACGGUUUGUUUUCUGAUUAUUGGUUAACGAACGCAAAGAGAGUUAGAGUCUGAACAGUUUUUUUUUUUCAAUUUAGCGUGUGUCAACUUCUUUAAAAUGGUGUUUUUACAAUAGUUUUCUUUCCAUUCUUUUUUCUUUGUAGUUGUUAUCGACUUAUCGGAUCUGCGAGGCGCGGUCAAAAAUCUCACUGAUCACCAGUCUUCCAACGCCAGUGAAUUCCUCAACGAAAGGGAAACAUUUAUACUGGUGCGAGUUGAAAGUAAGACAUGAAUUUUUGAAUUUGAUCAAGAAGAUGUUUACAUUUCGUAAUUGAUUAUUCAGUAAUAUUAACUAUAAUCUUGAGGAAACUGUUUUCAUUAGCUUUAUCAUUUUGAAUAGUGCAUCUUUUUUACUAGUUCAUGAUAGUUUUUUUACCCAAAUGUUAGUACUGACCAGUCAACAAAGUUUAUGUCAGCAGUAGAAUUAUAUUCAUAUAAAAGGCAAAGGCAAACAAUGAUAGAUAAUGAUAGAUCUUAGCGAAAGAGUAUGGAACUUUUGUUCGAGAGGUUUAAGGUAGUUGUUAUAGUUAAUAUCUAUCCCAGAUUUUACUUAAAAUGAUCAUUAUUGCCCCCCUUCUUUUUCCAGAAAACCCAACAGAAGGGCGCGACUUUCCAUUGUACACACCUCUCCUAGAUGAUGAGGACGUACUGACAACAGAUUUCUUAGGUGAGCAAAAGUAAAUCAUUGAUGACGUCAUUGCUUUUUUUUUGUAAUUCAACAACUUUCGUUAAUUCACACUUAAAUAAUGAAUACAAAAACUAAAAAUUACUUAAAACCGCUACAGAGCCGCAAAACACAAAAUAUCCAAACAUAGGGACGUCGUUGUUGACAUUUAGUUUCAAUAGCAUGCAGAUUUCAUGGAAAAGCCGAAAUGGUAACUAAAAUUGACACCAAACGAGUUGAAAUCAAGGGCUCGUUAAACAUCGUAGCCUGUGCAUAUCUUUACCCCUUUGCAUGUAACAGUUAAAGAAAUAAAAGCCAUCAGAAAAAGGAAAACUCUAGCAUGGGUGGUAAAUGAGCCCAUACCCUCUUAAAAUAAUUUAAAAUUUUAAAUAACGUUUCGAGAGAGUAUUACGGUAUGUUACCUCAGCAUAAGUGGUUGCAAAAGCCAGAGCAUUAAAGAGUUAAGAUUUACCGUUUAUUGUUGAUCUUUUAUAGUGUGAUCACAGACAAUAUCCACUUAUUUUUGAACAACUGUUUUGUAUUUAUUGCAGAAAGUUUAAGACGGACGCCCACAGACACAUUGGAAAUCAGCGGCAGAACCUCUCGUGGUAUGCGUCGAAAUAGCAUGAAACCAGGUGUCAAGCAUAAAAUGUCUGCGAACUCAGAAAAACUCAGUCCAACGGGAAUUAAUAACAAUGGAAAUAAACUUCCAGCGAGUAAACGAAAAUCAAGCUCUAAUCGGAGGAGUUAG